AAGGCCUAAUCCUCCCAACGGCCAUCUUGUCACCUAGUUCCACAAACUGUUGGAGAAGCGUGCAACGAUCUCCCUCUAUCCUCAUCAAUAUCCCCAGCCCAUAAUGUCCUCCGGGGACACUUCGCAGCGGGUGAUCCCUUACUCUAGGCUGGAGCGGGAGGGCCUACAAGCACAGCUUGACGGCAUGCUUGGCCCCGAAUACGUCAAUUAUAGACCAGCGCCCGGGGGUAGCAGCGUGGCCUAUCUGAGGGGUGAUGUCGCAGUCACCCUAGCUAAUGAGAUUUUUGGUUUUAAUGGUUGGUCUUCGGAGAUUAAGGAUAUUACUAUAGACGAGGUUUGUGUUUUCGGGUGCCCGGGGAUACAGAAGGCUUUGAAAGCUGACACAUGUUUUACGAUAGUGUUUAGAAAGCUACGGAAAAUGGACCGUUACCACCUCCGUCCAUUUACGAAUCACUCUCAAGGACGGAACCUUUCGUGAGGUACAUCCCUCCAUUUUUCUGGCAAACAUCCUCGGCAUCAGAAACUUACCGAUGCGCUCAGGAUAUUGGGACUGGCGAAUCGCAAAACCAAAGGACUAAGUCAGCCGCCAUUGUUGCGUCAAAGAAGCAGGCUGUUACAGAUGCACUCAAGCGAACGUUCAGAACAUUUGGAAAUGCGUUGGGAAAUUGUCUGUAUGAUAAACAGCAUAUCAAGGGAACAAGGAGAAUGAAGGCAGCUCAGGUGCACCCAAACCCCCAACCUUUCCCUUCGAUGACUGACCGGUUGCGCAAUAGCCCGUUCAAGAGCCCAACUAUUACAAGCCCCGGUCGAUGCGUGAUCGUAUCGUAAAGCAAGAGGAAAGUCUUAUAACCCCCGGUCUUCUAGAGAGUCUGCCCGAGGUGCCCCGAGAGAAAAUUAUUUCCGAGAAUGGUAAUGUUUUCGUUCGAGCAUUGGACGAAUCUGAGAGCUAACUGCUUUUUAGAUCUGGCCGAGGGGUUCGACGAGUAUGGAGGUUAAAUGACACUUUCCUGGCCGCAACUGCUUCUUGCUAACAGUGUACAGGCGAUGAAUAUGAUUACUUGGGAGCUUUCGAAGACGGUGGUGAUUUCAGUGAGCAUGUAGCAGAUGAGGACAUAGUGGAAGCAGUGUGAGCACAUCCAAUUGUGAUAGCUUGCCUGUGCUAAUUUGCUUUCAGCUCCAGCGAUAAUGUCUUCAAGAGAUCCACUCCACCAACCCCUACCGGAGCUAAGUCCACAGCCGCUCAAGCGGGCGGAAAUCAUGCUUUGAUUGCCCCAAAGAACCAAAACAUACCAGCCCUAGGACCGCAAAAACAAAAUGGUCAACAUGGACGGUCUUCUCCUAAUAUUCCAGCGCAAUCACCGGCCCAACAAUCCCGCCCCUUCCAGACACAAAAUCGUGGUCCCCAAAUGCUGCCUCAAAACUCAGCGAUUGGGCACAGACCCCUUCAAAAGCCUCCCAAUGCGCCCCAGGGGCCCCGUACACCUACUCCUGCUGGCCAACUGGGGCCACGAGUCAACUCAAUAGCUAACAACACCGCUCACAAUCUUCGCAAUGCUCAACAACCGGGUCCAAAGAUAUCACCACCACCACCUCACAUAGCCCCGCAAUCUGUGCCGGUGCUUCCGGCUCCCAGUCUCAACCCGCAGCCUGAGGCGCCUAUUAAUCAUCAUCACAAUACCCACGUUGGAUUCUUCACAAGUAAGGUUUUACUCGACCCCAAUGAUAGCCAAAAGGUCCUACAGGGUGACAGUGGGGUUAUUUCACCAGAUCACGUAUUCAACCCGCACAAGGAAUCUACAAUCCCGCGCUCUGCAGGUAUUGAUCACUCGAAGUCCUCACCUAUCCCCAGAAAGCAGAUCCAGGCUGGCGGCAGCACUGGUUCGCCUUUCGCACGCAAAAACUUUGAGAACCCAAGCUCGGAGCUAAAUAGGCAAAUAGGCCAACCUCCUCUGCCUCGAGGGACUGGUGCUUUCCGCCAGCCUACGCCAUCAGUCGGUGGUUUUAAACGCCCCGCCGAUACAAAUGCCCCCGGGGCAGCAAGGUACGUUUGCACCCAGAUCUCUUCCCUAACCUCCAUUACCAGCACUAACUUACUCGUAGUGGUCCUGGAAGAUCAACCUUAGGGGAUUCCUCGGGAUCAAGACUAAACGCCCAAACCUCGACCUUUGGAAGCGAUUCCAAACGAGUAAAAAACUAGUUUUUAUUGCUCACGUUUCUUUCUUUUUUUCCCCAGUCCCACGUUUGUCGCCGCAUUGGGGUAGGCUGGUUAUUAUCAUUUUACCUUGUGCUUUUUCCUUUUGAGGGGCGUUUUGUAUAACAUCUCAUUUCACUCGGAGUUGAAUUUUCUAUCGGCACUAUAUGCCUCUACAUAA